GUCGUCUUAAGUCGUCUCUUAAUUUUCCACAAUACUGGAUUGAAAAUGUCUAAAUUUCACCCCCUUUUAAGAUUUUGCCUCGCUGAAGCGAUCAACAAUAAAUAAACAUCACACGGUCAUAAUAUGAGUAAAAAUCGUUUAUUUAUUAGCCUGAUGGGCAUUGACAGUGUAAAGUUGUAGUUUGUUUCUAUAAAUUUCAAUGUUAAACUGUUCAAAUAAAUAUUUUAUUCUAUUUUACAUUGUAGUAAAUAUACGAUCACAGAUUAAUUUACAAUGAAACCACAAGUACUUACUCAGCCAAGAGAUAGCAGAAAAUGCCUAUUCAAAAGUCCAACAGCCACCACAACAGAAAAAGAAUUGCCUGGAUUUGUUACUCCAUUGGGAACAUCUCAGAAGAGAAACAGACGAGUUCUUAUCUUUUCACCACUGAAGGGUACUCCUCAUAAAAGCCCACUGAAAAAGAAACGUCGGCAGCCAGUAUGGACCCAGAAAGAGUUGUGUUCCUUAGUAGAGUUUGUUGCCUUGCACAAGGAUUUGCAGUCUUCUUCAAAUGAGUGGCCUGCUAUGAAUGCAGAUAAUGUAUAUUGGACAAAAGCAAGUGAUUUCAUCAAACAGACAUGUGGCUCUGUUAGAAGCAUUUGUUGGGACCAGUGCUAAAAAAGGUGGAGGAAGACCUGUUACUAAUUGCCCCCCUAUGGACAACACAGUGUUGGUUCCCUCGACUGCUGAGGCUGGUGGUAGCAGAGCCUCGUUUAUUACCUGUGAAAAAGGACACUCUAGUAAUGCCACAAGACAGACAAAUGACACAUCCUCUGCUAAGAGAACUGCACCUGACUGCUUUCAGAAUAUCGGGGAAGCCAUCCAAAGCCAGGGAAUUUCGUCAAAUACAACCAAUAUUAUCCUACAAUCAUGGCGCGAUUCCACGAAACGACAAUACAGGACAUAUCACAAAAAAUGGCUGUCAUUUUGUGACGGACAACAUAGUGAUCCGUUUUCUCCAAAUGUAAAUAGUGUUUUGAA